UUUUCUUGCAGGUUCUCCAGAAGCAAUGCAGCUCUUGUGUGUUGCAACUCUACUUUUGUCAGCAGUAGCUGCUCAGCCAGAUUUCUGGCCGGAUGAAAGGUCUCCGCCUCCAGGUGGACCCCAGACAGAAGAUGGAGACGGAGAGUUCGAUGGAGUCUGGCCACAAUGGGUGUCUGGCCAUCCAGUAUGGCAGGAUGAGAUGCCCUCUUGGUUGCCAGACACAAGACCAGAAAAUGGAAAUCCACCCAUGAAAGGGACUGACGGGGAUGAUCACCAGCCGGGGAGACCUUCUCAAGUUUCUGCUCGGGGCAAAAGACAGGCUCCUGGUUUCACAUCUGAUGGGCCUGGAGUCCCUCCUCCUGGACCCGGCAGGCAAUUUGAGAGACGCAGAGGAUCUUCAGGUGGCAAGAGGCCCAAUAGGAGGGACCCCAGUACAAUGGUGUUUUCCCCGAUGUUCAAGGUUGACAACGUGGCAUUUCAGAACGUCACUGAUGUAACCCUGAAGGAGGGGGAAACUUUAUUUCUGAUGCCGAGGCAUGGUGGAAGAGGACAUCACCAUCAGAAGGGAGGAAGACACGGGCCUCCAAAGACUGGGCAAUAUGUGAAGCUCAUCUACAAGGCCGCAGAGCCGAACAAAGUCUCCAUCGAGGUCGGGGUUUCGAAACCUAUGAACCCUGGUGAGUUUUUUGGAGUGGAAGACCAUCCAGAAGAAGAUUACUGACAACUUUAAAAGGAAGAAAACCAACAACUACAAGUUUGAUCAACCGACUUUAAUAAAGAAGAUUAUGGUUUUCUUUCCUGUGGUAUAUUCUGAGAAAUCACUCCUGUAAUUCGGCAUUUUCCUGUAAAACCAUCAUUUCUGUGCACCAAAAUAAAAUCCUUGAACAAAUUA